CCCCCGGUCUUUCCCUGCCCCGCCCCCCUCCCAGUCCAAGAUGUCGGCGCAGGGAGAAGGCGAGGAUUCGGCUACUGAGGAUCAUCCUCGCGUGGCGCUGCGCAAUGGGGAGGUCGCGCUGGUGGACGGCCAGGCCGACGGCGCCGUGGAACCGGCGGCGAACGACAGCAACAACCAGCAGCAGCCGCCACCACCGCAGCAGCAGCCCAAUGCGUGGCAGGUCAUCAAGGGCGUGCUCUUCCGAAUCUUCAUCAUCUGGGUGAUCAGCAGUUGGUUCCGCCGGGGAUCGGCGCCGCAGGAGGGGGCUGCACCUGGGGAGGCGGCUGUGAUGCGACCGCCCAGCCGCAACCUCUUUCCCAAGGACACGCUUAUGGACAUGCGCGUGUACGUGUCGGAGCAGGAGCUGUUCACGCAGUUUAACGACAGCUCGGUGCUCGUGUGGGAGUUGCUGGACCUUGGCUAUGGGGACUGGGCCUCGGGGCCCAACGGGGACGGCUCCUUCUCCAGCUCCCACGAGAUCGACAUCUCGGAGAACGUACAGAACAACGGCUCCCUCUACAUCCACAUCUUCUUCACCAAGAGCGGUCACCACCCCGACCCCGCGCGCAAGGAGGAGUACCGGCGCCUCGCCACCACGCACAUCUCCCGCAUGCUGAACAAGUACAAGAAGCGUCGCUUCCUCAAGACGAAGAACCUGCUGACGGGCGAGACGGAGGCCAGCCCCGAGAUGAUCAAGCGAGCGGAGGACUAUGGGCCGGUGGAGAUCCUGUCGCACUGGCACCCGAACGUCACCAUCAACAUCGUGGACGACCACACGUCCUGGGUCAAGGGAUCGGUGCCACCCCCGCUCGACCAGUACGUGAAGUUCGACGCGGUGAGCGGCGAUUACUUCCCCGUGGUUUUCUUCAACGACUACUGGAACCUGCAGAAGGACUUCUACCCCAUCAACAGCUCGCUUCGCAGCCUGCCGCUGCACGUCACGUUCUCGCCGCUCUCGCUCUGGCGCUGGCAGAUGUACGCGGCUCAGUCGACGCGCUCCGCCUGGAACAUCCUCGGCGACGACCUCUACGACCAGUCCGACGAGGAGCAGGACUCCGUGAAGGUGGCGCUGCUGGAGACAAACCCCUACCUCCUGGGCAUCACCAUCGUCGUCUCCAUCGUGCACAGCAUCUUCGAGUUCCUCGCCUUCAAGAACGACAUCCAGUUCUGGAACAGCCGGCAGUCCCUGGAGGGCCUAUCUGUGCGCUCGGUGAUCUUCGGCGUGUUCCAGUCGGCCGUCGUGCUGCUGUACAUCCUGGAUAACGAGACCAACUUCGUGGUGCAGAUCAGCGUCUUCGUGGGGCUCCUCAUCGACCUCUGGAAGGUCACCAAGGUCAUGAACAUCAAGGUGGACCGCGAGAACAAGCUGCUGGGUAUCAUCCCGCGUGUAGCUUUUGAGAACAAGUCCACCUACAUGCAGUCGUCCACCAAGGACUACGACGACAUGGCGUUCCGCUACCUGUCGUGGGCGCUGUUCCCGCUGCUUGGCUGCUACGCGGUCUACAGCCUCGUGUACCAGGAGCACAAGAGCUGGUACUCCUGGGUGCUCAGCAUGCUCUACGGAUUCCUGCUCACCUUCGGGUUCAUCACGAUGACCCCGCAGCUGUUCAUCAACUACAAGCUCAAGUCGGUGGCUCACCUGCCGUGGCGCAUGCUCACCUACAAGGCGCUCAACACCUUCAUCGACGACCUCUUCGCCUUUGUCAUCAAGAUGCCCAUGAUGUACAGAAUAGGUUGCCUGCGCGAUGACGUGGUGUUCUUCAUCUACCUGUACCAGCGCUGGAUCUACCGUGUCGACCCCUUGCGCACCAACGAGUUUGGCACCAGCGGGUUGGACGAGCGGGGGAACCCCGUGGUGGCGGGGGCGGGCGACGGCGCCCCAUCCUCCUCCACCCCCGCCCUGGCCGCCCCGCCCGACCCCGCCGGUGGGGGGGGCGACGCCGCAUCUGCCAAGACCCCCGAAGACAAGAAGACAGACUAGCGACCCCCCCCUCUCCCCCACCACUGCUUCCCUAUGACCCCUGCCCCCCCCCCCCCCGCCCCUAAAUCCACGUUAUUAUUUCACUCCCGCCCGCUCCCCUCUCUCAAUAUUUUUAUGUUGGCGCCGCGGAUCGUCGCGCCAGGCGCUGUCGAUGCACUGUAAAUAGAGAGAAUUUGGCUCGUGCGGGAGGGCCAUUGGCGGGGGUCUUGGGUGGGCGCAAGGAAGGCCGCGCUUGGGCACGACGUGCCGGCGGGAGCGGGGGCGGUGAAGGCGACGGAGGUGAAGGGGGUCGACGCUCGAGGUCUCGUUGGGUAAUGUGACGUUAGUGUUGGGGUGGGGGUGGUAGUGCUAGUUGUUUCAUUGGCUCAUGGUGUAAGUGGUAGGGCAAUCUUCUGAUUGGCUGCUGUGGUUCGUGGUAGGUGUAGGAGUAGAGGUAACUGUCUGAUUGGUUAGUGGUUGAGAGUACGGCUAGCGAUUGGCUAGUGACAGGAGCAGGGCUUGUGAUUGGCUAGUUAUAGGAGUAGGGCUAAUGAUUGGCUAGUGAUAGGAGUAGGGCUAAUGUUUGCCUAGUGAUAGGAGUAUGGCGAAUGAUUGGCUAGUGAUGGGAGCAGGGCUUGUGAUUGGCUAGUGAUGGGAGCAGGGCUAGCGAUUGGCUAUUGACAGGAGCAGGGCGAGUGAUUUGUGGUAGUUGUCGGAGCAAGGCGAGUGAUUGGCUAGUGGUAGUCGUAGGAGCAGGGCUAGUGAAUGGCUAGUUUGCUCCCCAUAUUGGCGCUCAGCCCGUCUCCCCCGUCGCCGCCGCCGCCGCCGCCGCCACGGUUGUCCUCUCUGCGCUGGUCGUCGUUCCGCGUCUCGCUGGCCGCGUUCGCCUCGCCGCAGGAGACGCUGCUAGUGCUGUAACGAAAACGCAAAUGGUAGCGAAACAAAGCGUGCGCGUGUGUGUGUGCUCGUGUGUAGGCGCGUCCGUGUGUAGGUGUGCGUGCGCGCGUGAGUGUUGCACCGUGGUCACCUGUCCGGCUGCCGGCGUCGUAGAUGCGUAACCCCCCUCCCACAAACCCCGUGCGUCGCGCUGCACCGAGUUUUGAAUCCUGUUCCCCGUUUUUAAUCGUGUCCUGUUUACCCUCCUCACGAGUGCCAGGAAGCCCCCCCCCCCCCCCCCCCAAACUCCCCACAGAUAGCAGACGCUCAGUCGGUGGUGGAACAGUUGGCAGAGGGCUGCGUGUUGUCUGUUAGUUUAACUGUGGUGGCCCCUCUCUCGCCCGGGCCAAACCCUCCUGAACAAAUCGUGUUGGUCGGGGGGAGCGCGACCCCCGCACUGACCGCGCGAGGUCCGGCUCGGAUCCUGCCGAUCGCGGCCACGCCGCUCCGCGCGUUUUCGCGGCCGUGCCGCCGGCGCUGCCGCGCAACUCUCGCUCGACGUUUCGG